AUGACUUAUUUUUCGUUGUUUUCAAUAGUUCUAGUGCUGACAUUCUUUAUUAGUUCUAGUUUUGCCUAUAAUUUUACUUCAACGGUAGUCGUCGAUAAGUCUGGAAAAGGUCAAUUCAAGACAAUUCAAAGUGCGAUUAAUUCUGUUCCGGCCGGAAAUAAUAAGUGGUUUCACAUUAUUGUCAAUUCAGGCGUCUACUAUGAAAAGGUAUCAAUCUCAGCCGAGAAAGAAUACAUAUUUUUAGAUGGAAGUGGCUCAUCUCGCACGAUAAUCUCAUGGGGUGAUCAUCAAUCUACCGCCACAAGUGCCACAUUUAGCUCAUCUGCCAACAAUUUUGUUGCUAAGGGCAUAACAUUUGUGAAUUCGUAUAAUAUAAAACAAACCACCAAACUUGCACCAGCAUUGGCAGUAAUAUUAUCCGGAGACAAAGCAGCCUUCUAUAAUUGUGGAUUUAUUGGUUUUCAAGACACACUUUGUGACUUUCAGGGUCGUCAUUACUUUCGGUCAUGCUACAUUGAAGGAGUGGCUGAUUUUAUUUGGGGCUAUGGUCAAUCGGUUUACCAGAACUGCAACAUAAAAGUCAAUGGGAGAGGAGCAAUUUCUCUUGGUUAUAUUACUGCUCAAGGAAGAGGAUCAGCACAAGAUUCAAAUGGCUUUGUGUUCCAGGGUUGUAAUGUUGGUGGUAUUGGGAAAGCAUACCUUGGAAGAGCUUAUGGAUCAUUUUCUAGAGUUGUUUUCAUUAAAUCGACAUUUAGUUCGGUUGUGACUCCUUUAGGAUGGGAUAAUGGUUUUCACCCGGGAGAAGAGUUGAGUUUCAUUUUUGUUUUCCUUUUCAUUUCAACACACAAAGGUGGUUCUUUCAUGUUUGCAAUCUCAUAUACGAUUACCAUUUUGAUUUUGUGA